UAUCAGUAAUCUUAUUCACUUCAACCUUAAAACAACACACCAGUUUUGGAGAACAUUUCGGACCUUUAUCCUAAGCAUGGACGAUAAUGAAAAUACUUCCAUGGUCUAUGACUAUACGAUGGACUACGAUAAUGACAUAUGCAAAAAGACUGAAGUCACAAAGUUUGGUGCAGUCGUCACUUCAGUCUUUUUCACAGUGGUCAUCAUGUUCAGUUGUGUGGGCAACGGGCUGGUCUUGUGGAUCCUGAUCAAAUACGAGAACCUGAAGUCCAUGACCAACACCUUCCUCUUGAACUUGGCCAUCUCUGACCUGGUCUUUACUAUCGGCCUACCCUUCUGGGCGUCCUACCUUGUCUCUAACCAGGGCUGGCUGUUUGAUGAGCCUGCCUGCAAAGCAAUCAACUUCAUAUUCUUCGUAGGCUUUUACAGCAGCACAAUCUUCUUAACAGUGAUGACGGUGCACCGCUACAUGGCAGUGGUUCAUCCACUUUCUGUUGUUUUAAAGAGAAAGUCGUUCCACAGCACUCUGACCUCAGUGAUCAUCUGGCUACUGAGCAUCUUCACAGCAAUGCCUCACGUCAUCUUCAACACGGUAGGAUCCCACUCCAACAGCAUUGAGGAAAUAUUUUACUGCGACUAUGACAACAUCAACUGGAAGCUGGUUGGUACCUACCUGCAAAAUUUCUUCUUCCUCACCGCCUUCAUCACCAUCAGUUUUUGCUACAUCCAGAUCCUCCAGCGUUUGCUCAGACCCACCUCCCACACACGUCGUAAGACUGUCCGACUCAUCCUCUGCAUCGUAGUGGUGUUCUUCCUGGGCUGGGUUCCGUACAAUGUGGCCAUCUUCCUUGACUCCUUGAUUUCAUGGGAAGUGGCCCCACUGAAUGAUUGCAUCGUCAGCACCAUUGUGGACUACGUUUAUUAUGUGUCCCGCUUAGUAGCUUUCUCUCACUGUUGCCUAAAUCCUUUGUUUUAUGUCUUUAUGGGGAUAAAGUUCAGAAACCACUUGAAGAAGAUGCUCUGGAAUGUCUCCAGGAAUGGGAGUCAGCCUCAGAACCGCCACAGCAAUCUCAUCUACUCAAACGGGGAAGAAAUCUCCAUGUACUAGCUGGUACAUCUUAAAGUUGUACAGAUAAAUGUAAGAGAACAUCCAAUGAACUUUUUAUUAGCUUACAUUAGCUUACAUUUAUUAGCUUACAUGCAUUCUUAUACUUCAUUGCUGUACAUAAUCAACUACUUGUGAAUGACAAUACUGCUUUACAUCUUUUUUUAAUGGUGAACUUGAAUUGUUUUUUUAUAUGAUUAUUACAAAAACCUAUUUCCUUAAUUAUUGUAGGUUUAUAAUUUGCAUGCCAUAUCUUGUAUGUUUGAAAGCAUGAUGCACAUAUUAAUGUCUUUAAAUAAUCAUAUAAUGUAAUGUCCUGUAAAUGUGUUCAUAGAUAAACAAAAAUAGAUAAACAACAGAACUUAAAUAUAUUCCAUUUUGUAUGCUUUUGUGCAUUAGCCUACAUAACAUUAUCUACCCCUUCUCACUGGAUGCUGCUGAUUUCAGGUCUUUUGGCUCUUGGACAACUCUUCUGAUAAUUCUUUUCACUCUUCUGUCUGAAAUCUUGUGGGAAGCGCUUGGUUGUGGCCGGUUUAUGGUGAAAUAAUGUUCUUUCCACUUCCGGAUUAUGGCCCAACAGUGCUCACUGGAAACUUCAGUAGUUUAGAAAUUCUGUAACCAGUGCCAUCAGUAUGUUUUACAACAAUAAGGUUGCAAAGGUCAUGAGAGAGCUCACUGGCUUUACCCAUCAUGUGAUGUUUCUUGUGUGGCACCUUGGUAAUGAGACACCUUUUUAUAGACCAUCAGUUGAACCAAGUUGCACUAAGUUGAAGGAAUGCUUUCUAAUUACGGAUAGAUUUCAGCUGGUGUCGUGACUUUCCAUGGCUUUUUGCACCUCUCUUUCUUCAUGCAUUCGAUAUUUUUUCC